AUGCCAGAAGAAGGGAGCAGAGGACCGGGUAUGGAUCAGAAAUCCGGAAUGAGAACGGUAUCCGUCUCGUUGGCCUCUUAUUUGCCGGACUUUUUCAUGGUAACUCCAUCUUCAAGAAGAAAGAACACCGGCGGUGGACGUGGGAGUCACCCAACGCCGAAGGCUGGAAAAGAAGAUCUGCCACCGUGUUGGAGGAUCAAAUAUGAUGGUGUCAGAUUUGAGGAGCUCCUGACCACUUGUGGCUGGCCCACCGAGGAGGACUCAACGAAAGACUACGACCUGCUUUUUAGAGGAUCGUUCUCCUUGCUCUCUGUUUCGCAGCAGAGACACAUCCUGACACUGUGGCUACGUCAAGGCUCUCCAAACAACCCACAGAGCGCUGGAGGGACGUUUUCUGAGCAGUACGUCUCUAAGGCAAAGCAUCGAUGGGCUGCUCUCAUAAUAAGAAGGACAGACGACAGAUGGACAUUAAGAACUUUAGAAUGGAUUACUCGCGAAGAAAAUAUCCUCGAAGGGGGCCAACGAUCAGAUGUGCUGACGUUUGUUGCACUGAUGGUCCAGCUGAAUUCUCAACUGGUAACGAGUGAUGGAUCUGGACCUCGCGAACGUCGCCGCCGCCGUUCAAUAUCAACAUCGUGGAUGACGCUAGCAAGAGACAGAAAGGAAUGGAAAUAG